AUGGCUAAAUGUACCAAGAAGGUAGGAAUUGUUGGUAAACAGGGAACAUACUUAUAUAGCAUAUCCCUCAGAAAAAUGGUGAAGAAAAUUGAAGUUGGCCAGCAUGCCAAAUAUACCUGCUCCUUCUGUGGCAAGACCAAAAUGAAGAGACAAGCUGUGGAUAUCUGGUAUUAUGGAUCUUGUAUGAAACUAGUACCUGGUGAUGAUGCAUGGACCUCCAAUGCCAACUCUGUAGUCACAGUCAAUUCUGCCAUCAGAAGACUGAAAGAAUUGAAAGAUUAG